AUGACUGAAGAGGCUGAUCGUCGCGAUGCGCCGCGCGUCUUGGCUCUUGCAUCAGUUGGUUUUGGAAAUGCAUGUUGCGAUCUCCUUGGAGGUCGCGACUUGAGGUUCAUAGCCAAGAACUCAGUGCGCAUGUGCAGAAUCACCAUUGGAUUCGACAAGUUUGUUGACGAUGUCAGGUUUGCAUCUUACAGAGGAGAUGUAGCUGGCUAUGCCGCAGGUUUCGGCGGAGUCGCGCACAACUUUGCGGCGAGUGGGGAGUCCAUCACAUCCGACAGCUCAGCUUGCGAGUGUUCAAGGAGCGUUACCGUGUGA